CCAUUAAGAAACGAACGGCAGAAGACGGCCGGCUGUCAAACGCUGAUUCCCCGUCAUAAGCAAAAUGACUUUCUUCCACUUCGGCAAUUGCAUUGCCCUUGCCUAUGGCCCGUAUGUGCUCACCUACAAAUAUUCUGGAAUGCCAGAAUAUGGAGCCUUCUGGAAAUGUGCUCAGGUGUGUGGAAUGUACAUCCUUACCCAGUUGUGCAAGAUGUUGUUAUUAGCUACUUUCUUUCCGACAACAGAUGGACCUCCAGAAAAUGCCAGCUUUAUUAUGGAAAUUGUAAAAACCACUGUUGAUUUUGGCGACGUGAUGGGAAUGAGUGUGGUCAUGGGGAGGGUUUCAGGUUCUGGACAUAUCAAGGUGCUUAUCACUGGCCUGGGUUGGGCAGCAGCUGAUCUCCUGCUGACCAGAACACUGCCACUAUGGGUUGGUGCUAGAGGCUUAGAAUUUGAUUGGAAAUAUAUCCAGAUAAGCUUGGAUGCCAACAUCAGUUUGGUUCAUCACUUGAACUUAGCUCUCCUAGUGUGGCUGUGGUGGCGUACUGACCUUGCAGCAGCAGUGCGACCUGUUGUUGCAGUGUUAAUCGCUGGUUGUGUUUAUCGACCGCUUCUUCCUCAACUCUUGUCAAUAUUGCUUGGUGCAAGACCAAUUGGAUUUGCACUCCUAGCAGCGUGUGCUACACCAACUGUAUGCACAGCUUUGAUAGCAAGCAACAUCUUCAUUACUCACAGUUCAACUAUGCGCUCAGGUUAAAUGUAUGAAUAGUAAUAAGUAGUUUUGGAGUUGCUGUAGUUUGUUGGAGUGGAAAUUUUUCUUUAAUUUAAAAAGAGAAAGCAAAUACUUAUGCACAAAUUAUGUCAGUAAUAAGAUACAAAUGUUAGAAUGUGGAGUAUUCAGGUAGGCUGAGUUUCACAGUAAGAUAUACUUGUUGCAGUAUUGCAGAAGAGAUGAAGGUCUAUUUUUAAGUUUAAUACAACUGUAUGGAAAGGUUUGCAGCAUUCAGUAUAUGGGAGGGAAAGUGUUUAUACCUUGAUCAAACUCAUUAUUUUUACAUGUUAGUUGCUUGCUGUGUUCCUGGUUAUCGGAGUUACACCCUUAAAGGAAAAGUAUUUUUCAUAAUUAAACUACUGGAGGAGGACUUCUCACUGACUAUGUAAGUCUCAUUCCUUCAUUUGCCUAGUUUCUGACCUAGUAUAUAACUAUGUCUUUCCUUGUUACUUGUCAUUCUUCCUCUUAGAAAAGUCAGUAUGCUCUUGUGCUUAUAUAUAUUUGGUUUAGUAGCAAUAAAUGGAGUGUGGUUUUGAUGGAAAUUUUGGAGAAUUUAGAUAUGAUAGCAACCAGGGAUGGCUGAGUAUACAUCUCACAAAGUGGAAGAAGUAAAAAAUUGUGGGUGCUUUUGAUUUUUUGGCCUUUCACUGAAAGAGCUUGAUUAUGGCUCUGGUGUUUUCCAUGUGGUCAGUAGGGCUGGUUAUCAGGUAUCACAUAUUUUGUGUAUUGGAUGUUUCCAGGAAGCUGAAUCUUAACUUAUUGCACAACAUCCAUAUGCAGAAUCAAGAUUCCUCAAGGUUCUCCAGAAAACUUCUCACACAAGGUGAGUUUUGCAAGAUAUGGUACAUGUUAAAAGACCACAUUAGCAGUCAACACUGAAUCUUGAUAAAGAGGAAGUGGACAGAGAGAAUUUUGGAUCAACGCAUCUUUCUAUUUAUAAUUUUUUCUUAUGGUUCUAGGGUAAAUUAAAGAAUGAAGUGUCAGGUGAAUGUUGCAGGAUUAGGAGUAUUUUUUUUAUUGAUGUGGGAUGCAAGACUAGGCUUCACCAGCUGGUAAAAUCCUAGUAAAGUUGCUGAUGACUUUAUUGGGCUGUUCACUGAUAUCUUAAGUUACAUGACCACUUUGUUUGGUGAACAUUUCUUGGAUGUAGGAUUAGAGCCAAGAUGACCUUUGGCUGAAUAGUGAGGGACUGACUUCAGUGGGAAUUUUAUUCACAUCAGACUUCUUUAGCAUUGAACACACUGCUGAUAUAUCAAACUAGGUGCAGUUUUUAUCAUAGCUCUUUUUGCUCUAUAGAAGACCACCUCAACUUUUGCUGGAGUAUCAGAAGUCCAGUUAAGGUGUUUUGAUUGAGAAAGGUGAUCCUUUGGGGAUAUAAGUUAGAUUGAAAUUAAUGCAUUAUCAGUUGUCUGUACGAUAUAGUGUUAGCACUGUAUUACUACUAUUUUAAAAGAAUGUUCAAGCACUGUAUUAGUGUUAAUACUUUUUUAAAAGAAAUGCUUAGUCUUAGUUUUUUAUUAGUGGGGUUAGAAGUUUCAGCCUUUGCUUAUAUCUCAAAAUACAUUUAUACCACAUAUAACUGCUUUGGCAUAAUGUACCCCAUACCAGUGAGGAUAGUGGACGUUUGUUUAAAUACAUACUUGGUCUUCCAUAACCAAUUUUUCUCAAGUUUUGCUUAUUGUAUGAAAUAUGUAAAACUAAUUUUGUCUCAUAAAUGCUUACAUAUUUCCCAAACCCCAUGACCUAUUUAUGAAAUCUCAGCUUGCUGAACCUUGAAAAUCACAUAUGAUGAUGCAGCGAGUAGGGACUCCUGGUGACACUAUACGUAGCCAUAGUGAACGAUGAAACUAUUAGGGUAAUUCUUAUCUCUGUUAAUCAUUCAUGCAGCAAGUGAUGUGCAUGAGUAAAAUAAGAGGUUAGUGUUUUUUGAAAUAAGAAACUCUUAUGUAGUGUUUGUACUGUAUUGACUUGAAGCAGCAGCACGAAUCUGAUCCUUUUCAGCAAGUGAUAUUUUUUCAUGCAGUAAAAUAUUUGAUCCAUGAGAAGUUAUGAAUAAAGAAAAUGUCCAUUUUCAGCAACAGUUGAAGUGACAAAAUAUUUUGUAUUUUCAGCACAACCGUUCAAGUGACAAAAUAUUUUGUAAAUAUUUUUCAACAUAUAUAAGUAUUUGUGUACGUAUAUUAUUACAGUAUGAGUUCUUGGAAUUUGGAUUUUAUUUUGUGAAUGAAUGAGGGAUCUUGGAGCAAUUUUGAACCCUUGCAGUGAUUUUCUUCAGAAAAUAACUUAUUACAAUAUGUACUAUAUUUCUCAUUGUUGAGUCUGUUCUACACAAAAUAAGAUGCCAGAUUACUUUCUGGUUGUAGAUGUAAGAUUUUUAUAAGCUGUACUAAAAGUUUAGAAUACAGUAACCCUUCAGCUUGUUAGAGAUCAGCUACCUAAUUAUGAUCUCUUGCCAGGCUACCCUUUCAGAUAUGCAUUUUUUGACCAAUCUAAAAGAAAUUGGGGACGACCUUUUAAACUGGAUGUCAAGUUUAAUUAAUAAUUUUAUGCUAGAAACUGCAAAAUUGUUAGCUGUAUGAUUGCUUAAUUAUAAAAAAAGGCCAGAUCUCCCAAAAGCAUCUGAAGUUGAAGAGGUACUGUAAUCUGAUAUCAUGAUGCCAUUUGUCCAUUGUCAUUAACAAUCUCAAUUUGGAAAAUAAAAUUUUUGAAAAGCAA